GCGAGGGCUUCAUCAGCUGCGCAUAAAGCCGUGUCAAAGACAAGAUGAAGUCCUCAUGGAGAGCUUCCUGCACGUUCCCGGCGUUACACCUUGGUCCAAGGCUCUUGAGUGUGUCUGGGGAUCGCGUGAGUGAGGAGUUGGUGGUGAUGGCUGGCUAAUGUUGGUGAACUGAAAGCUCCUGGGUCUACAUGGGCAUGUCCUGCUGAGUCCGAAAAGAGACUGGCAGGAUCUGGCGUCAUCGUUGGCUUGGCGGUGACAGCGUUUUCGAGCCAAGUCCGCGACAAUGCGAUCAAGUUGCUUUGGAGCAACUCAGUGGUGACCACGCGGAGAGGCGAGCGAGAUUAGCGCGUUGAAGUUGUAUUUAUAGUCGAGCUCAUGCCACCAAGAUAGAGCAUCAAGGGCAAGUCCGCCGCUCGCUUUCACAACAACAGACUUGCAAGACUCACGACGUGCUUUCUGCUGUCCAUGGACGACGGCAACAGCAGGAGAAUGACUGCAAACGCUCCCCCGCCUUCCUUGUCAACUCCAGAGCUCGCUAGUAUCAAAGUUUUCUGCCGUCUACGACAACAGAACCAGCUAGAGAAGCGCGAGGGAGCCGUUCAAUGGUACUUAAGGCUGUUUGUCUUUCUAUCUCUGUGUUCGAGGGCUAACCAAACCAAUCCCCACACCACAGCUCGACAGUCGUUGGAGGCCGCACCAUGUUCCUCCGCAACGAGCGCUGCGAGGUGGACGAGAUCCGCUGCACUUUUGACCACGUCUUCGACAUCCACUCGACGCAGGAGGAGGUCUACACACACACAGCCAAGCCUCUCGUCCAAGAUUUCCUUCAGGGCUACAACUGCACCAUCUUCGCUUACGGACAGACAGGCUCAGGCAAGACACACACGAUCUUGGGGCCCAAGGACGGUGUACUAGUGAGUGCCGAUGAAGAGGGAGGCAUCAUCUCGCGCGUCGUCAAAGAUCUCUACGAGGAAGUGGAACGUGCCAAGACCAACCCCAUCGAGCUUAAGGUUUCAUUCGUGGAGAUCUACAUGGAGCAAAUCCGUGAUCUACUCGCUCCCAGUGGUAGCAGUAACACUGUCGGUACUCCCACGAACGGUGGACUCAAGAUCCGCGAGAGUGCACAGCAUGGAGUGUACAUUGAAGAGAUGACACGCGUCCCUAGUAAGUCGGAGGCUGCCAUGAUGGAGCUGGUCAAGAGCGGGACUCUCAGUCGUGCGGUGUCUUCUACACGUAUGAACAAAGACUCGAGUCGCAGUCACUCGAUCCUGAUGAUUUCCUGUGUUCGCCCCGUUAGUGGAAGACGCGCCACGAUGUACAUCGUCGAUCUUGCUGGGUCAGAGCUCGUAAACAAGACCAACGCUAGUGGUCGAGUGUUACAGGAAGCCAAAGCGAUCAACAAGUCGCUAUCGGCACUCAGCAACGUCAUUAAAGCGCUUGGAGAGGGCAAACGUCAUGUACCCUAUCGUGACUCGAAGCUCACCCGGUUGCUUCAGGACUCUCUGGGAGGAACAGCCAAGACUUGCCUCAUUCUCGCGGCUUCGUGCAGUUCGUACAACAUGGCAGAGACGAUCUCUACGCUUCGCUUCGGUCUACGAGCCAAAGAGAUCAAGAAUCCCGUUGUGCAGCGGACCGACGGUGACGGUGGAGCGGGCUUUGCAGCGGGCACCAUAUUUAAAGAGCUCUAUCAACGUGCGAUGGAGGACAUGGAGGCCAAGAACCGCAAAAUCGACGAGCUCCAACGACUGUUAACUGCGAAACUCCAGGAGAACCAGCACCCUGACGACGUGGAGACGGCAGCAGCGACAAUUGAAGACUCAGGGAAGCCUCAGGACACUGAUGGAGAUCAUUCCAGCCAAGAUGGUGAUAAUGAGGAGGAUGGCGACAGCGCCGAAGAGGAAGGAGACGAAGAAGAGAAUGAUCCAGCACAGAGCGACGCUAAGAAGCUGGAGCUAGCGAAUCAAGGCCUGGAGGAGGAAAACAAGCGGCUGUUUGGCGUGUUGGAAGCGCUAGAGAAGAAGCUCGACGAGGUUACAGUGGACCUGUCGACUGGCAGACCGAUCCUCACUCUCUCCAGUCAACGCGACUCAGCCACAGAAGGGGAUUGCACUUCUUGUGGAGAGUCUCGUGAAGGUGCAGCUCCAUCACUCAAGGUCUGGCUGGAGAGCGACAACUGGCGAAAGUCACUCGAGUCUCGUACUGACACUCAAGGUGAAGACGACCUGAUGCAGCAACUAAAGCAGCGUCAUAGUCCAGAAAAGCCUACACCCACCAGCAUUGCUGAACUAGAAGUCGUGAAAGCAGCAUCCCCGGUUGUUAUCGAGUCACUCGCUUUACCAUCGCUACAAGGAACAAUGCCUCCGUGCUCAACCCCCGACUGCGUGCACCACGCCGACGCUGAGGCGCUAUCGCGUCAGAUCGUAGAGCUCAAGCUGCAACUUCAUUAUCUGUCAGAAAACGCUCGACUGUCUCUAAACGGUGAGAGUUACAGCAUCGUGCUGGAGAAUGCGCGACUCAAGACACGCAUCGAGGAGCUGGAGUUCCAGGCCAAUCUGUGCAACGUGGCAUGCAGUCAGCUCGAGAUGAAGAACCGCGCGUGCGAAACGAGGCUGAGCAACCAGGAAACGCACAUCGGCUGUCUACAGAACUCACUGCAAGAGUACCAAGGCUUGUUCAAGCAGCAGAUCAUUAUGUCGCAGGAGAAAUGCCGCUUGCUCACGGACGAGCUCGAGUUCUACAAGAAGCUGGCGAGAUGUAGCCAAGAGAGCUACCAACAUCUCGGCGGUAGUAUGUCUCCUGGUCGCCGCAACAAAGGCAAGAGUCCGAGUCCGAAGAAAAACAAUAGCAGCAACAGUAACGGAGCGUCGAAUACGCCGUCACUCUCUGCGCUCGCUCGCGACGGCGCAGCAUCAAGUGACUCCCAGCACUCGUGGCCAAGCUUCACUCGCACUGGCUCUGAUAUCACUCUGUCUCCACUGACUGCAAGAGCACAGCGCUUCAUCGUUAAACCUACUGGAGAGAGAGCGUCAAGCACAGCGGAGCAGACGCCACCAGCAGAAGCCUCUACAUCGUCGCAAUGGCACAAGACGAGUGUGGACUUGAGUCUGAGCUUGGACGAGUUGGCUCAGUCCGCAACGUUGCCUGCGUCCCCCGUCGCGUCUCCCUCGUUCUUGUAGAUCUCCUCGCCAUACUAAAUUGAAUAUAACAAAAAGAAUUUCCACAGCAAAAUGUCUGACAAAUCGCAAA